UCGGAUACUCGCAUCACUUCCCACCUGCAUAUCUACAUUGGCUCUUAUUUCAGACCACUUACAUAGCAAGCCACAACCCUCAGCCGUCCCGGCCUGCAUAAUCGAAACUUUAAAACUAUCAGCUUAUUCCAUUGCCAAUUCAUACCAUUUCUUCUGAAACUCAACCUCUCUCUAUUGCUGCCCAGCAGUUCUGAACAGACAGCUAUGGCUGCACUUCCGCACUUGAUUGCAACCGCAACCAAAGUCUUUCGCAGAGACGACGAUUGGAACGACGACAAUGACAACGACAAUUGCGUAAAGGCAACUCCCGGACCUAAUGGUCACGUUAGUGACCCUAACGCCUGUAAUGCAUACUACAACUACGACCCUCAAUUUGCGCCAGCAGUCGCAGUCGCAGUCAUCUUCGGCCUGUUCCUUGGCGUUCACAUCUUUCAAGGGUUCGCCUUCAAGAAGAAAUAUACAUGGGUCGUUAUUAUGGGAGCUGCGUGGGAAACGCUGGCGUUCAUCUUGCAUUCCCUUGGUACCAAAGACCAGCAGCAGAUCGGUUAUGCCACUGGAUGGAACAUCCUGUUCUUGCUCGCGCCGCUAUGGAUCAACGCAUUCGUAUACAUGACCUUUGCGCGUGAAGCCUACUACUUCUUGCCCGAGUCUGAUCGGCGAAUCCGCGGAAUCAACGCCACCUCCAUUGCCAAGUGGUUUGUAUGGGCCGAUGUCAUCACAUUCAUCAUCCAAGCUGUCGGUGGUUCCAUGGCCAGUCCGGGUGCUUCUGGUAACAUCAUCAAGACAGGUCUUAACAUCUACCUGGCUGGUAUGGGCUUGCAACAGUUCUUUAUUCUGCUCUUCUUGUGGCUCAUGAUCGAGUUUCACAUCCGAUGCAACUCCUGGGGUCCAGGUGGAGCCGGUGAGAACGGAGUUGGCAAGAGAAGCUGGAAGCCUCUACACUUUGCCCUUUACGGUGUCUUGCUUUGCAUUACUAUUCGUAUCAUCUACCGUAUUGCUGAGUUUGCUGGUGGCAUCACCCCAUCGAACCCCGUCCCCUUCCACGAGGAAUACUCCUAUGUCCUCGAUUGUUUCCCAAUGAUGCUGGCCCUAUUGAUUCUCGCCGUAUGGCACCCUGGCCGAUUCCUUGUUGGUUCCGGGAGCGAGUUUCCGAAGGUCUCUAAGUCGGAAAAGAAGCAGGCCAAGGCUGACCGCAAGUCCGCCAAGAAGUCGCGAAAGCACAGCAGCCGUGACAAGCCUGGCCAUAUCACGGACGAAUACGAGGUCCCUGACUACGGCAGUGACCGACGAUACAACGCUUAAGCACUGUUUUACGUAAAGGACUUCAAAAGAGGGACCAUGAAACAGAGUUCACAGGUAUCGAUGAGUCCUGAUACGGAAGGAUUAUGAUACAUGGAGGAUUCAAAUAUACCAUUGGA